AGUGGACAAAAAGUAUGCCGACUCGGAAAGGAAGACUAUCAAAACCGGUGCGACACUAUCACCGGCCACGAGCCUAUAGGAUGGCACCGGCCAGGCGUCACAAAAUGGCUGUCCGACCGGACAACGAAGAGGGACGACUACUUGUAUCAAAUAUCGGUCCCAAUAUUAAUCUGGACGCUAUUAAUGAGGUGUUGGCACUGUUUGGAAAUGUGGGCAAAAUCCAGAUCCACCAAAACGUUGACUUAAGUCUGACGGAAGUCCACCGAUAUCUUUGGAGAGUCGUAUCGUUCGCAUAGAGAAACACAAGUUUUCAGCGAUUUUAUGCAAGUAUUGGAAAACUGUUUUGAAAACUAUGGGCA